AUGGACAAAGUUAAGCACUUCCGCCCCAUGCGAUGCGAGGCAUUCAUGUAUCCCAAAACGUGUUCUCUCGCUCGUAUGUCCACUCGCCACCAUCCUGCAAUACAUGUAGAGAGUGGUCAAAUAGCAGCACAAGCACCCCGAGGCACUUUUAGGGAUCGUGGCUUUGCUCAAUUUCUGCUGCGCAGUUUAUGGCAGAGUAAGCUCUGUUCCGUGGAGGAUGCCCUGGCAAUGGAACUGGGACGUGCAGGUGCCCUGUAUCACAUUUGCAUGCAAACGGGCAUCAGUGCAGCAAGAGUGCUUCACCAGUGUUGUGUUGUUUGCAUGAGUCCAUUGCAGGAAAAGCAAUGA